UCCCACUAUACAUGUAAAGCACUAAAAAAAAAAGCCUCCUCAUAUUCGCCAACCCCAUUUGAAAGCAGCCACGUUAUUAUUGAUUUUCAGUCCUUUCAAAAGCACCUUUUGCCCCCCAAUGCUGUGCUCUGCUUUCUUCAAAAUCUUCAGCCAUUAAUGUCAGUGAGUGAAUCAGUUUUGGGUUAUAAGCAUUGGGUAUUUUUUCUUUUUGAAAUUGGUUCUUGUUUGGGGUGGUAAAGGGGUGGGGGUAGGGGGGAUCAUAGUAUUGUUUUAAAGCUUUAAUGGAGGUUUCUUUAGAAGUUGUAAAUGUACCAUUUGCUAUUGCUUUACUAGCAUGGAUUAUUAUAGAUAUAUUGAAACGUAGAGGACAUGAAAAUGAUAGUAAUAAUGAUGAUGAUGUAAAAGGUAAAAUAAGGGGAUAUUUAAGAGUUUUUAAUGUUGUCACUGUUGUGUUUAGUAUUAUAAUCUUUGUUUUAAAUUUGGGUUUUGGGUUUUAUACUUAUUGGAAUUAUGGAAUUGUCCCUACCAAAAGUGUUUGUUUAGCUAUCACUUGGUUUGUAGCUAGUUUAGUGUUAAUAUAUUGGAUGAACAGAGGUUUUAGUGAACUUAAACCACGGCCUCCUUUGGUUUUGAUACUAUGGUGGGUGUUUUCGUUCGGUUUGGUUUCGUUUUCGGUACUUGUUUAUGUUGUUCGCUUGUUGGGGUUCAGAGAAUUGCCUUACCGGUUGCCGGAACCUGACAUUGUCGAUGUUGUUUCCUUGCCUUUGUUGGUUUUGUUUUGUUGUCGUUGUUGUUGUCGUCCUUUGUCUCACGGUGAACUCGAACGUCCGUUAUUGCUUCGUAAGGAGAAUGAUGAUGAUAGUAGUUUCAAUAAUGCUAGUCUAUGGAGCCAACUCACAUUUCAAUGGCUAAACCCUUUGUUUGAAAAGGGUCGAAUCGAGAAACUUGAAUUGCACCAUAUUCCUUCAGUUCCAGAAUCUGAAACUGCAGACAAUGCUUCGUUGUUGCUUGAAGAAUCGAUUCGAAAACAGAAAACAAAAUCCACUUCAUUGCCAAAAGCAAUAACUGGUACCGUAUGGAAGUCUCUGGCUAUAAAUGCAGUUUUUGCAGGGCUUAAUACAAUUGCUUCAUAUAUUGGACCUUUCCUUAUAAGCAACUUUGUGAAUUUCUUAACACAAAAGGAUGAUAGUUCAAGCUACCACUAUGGACUGGUUCUUGCAUUUAUCUUCUUCUUUUCGAAGACCGUGGAAUCGUUGACUCAACGGCUGUGGUACUUCGGUGCUCAUAGGAUCGGAAUAAGGGUUCGUGCGGCUCUCACGGUGUUGAUUUACAAAAAGUCUUUAUCAACUAAGUUUGUUGGUCCAAGCAAUGGAAAAGUCAUUAAUCUCAUCAAUGUAGAUGCUGAGAGGAUUGGAGACUUUUGUUGGUACAUUCAUGGAGUUUGGUUGUUACCUAUACAAGUCUUUCUAGCCUUGGUAAUACUUUACUGGAAUCUCGGGGCGGCUCCUUCUGUUGCUGCCGUUUUUGCUACGAUUUUGGUGAUGGUGAGCAACACUCCGUUGGCUAAUAGGCAGGAAAGGCUUCAUUCCAAGAUCAUGGAAGCUAAGGAUUCGAGGAUAAAAGUGACUUCGGAGACUCUAAAAAGCAUGAGAGUCUUGAAACUUCAUUCAUGGGAGCCUACGUUCUUGAAUAAGCUUCUUCAACUUAGGGAAACAGAGAGGAACUGGCUUAAGAAGUACUUAUAUACGUGCUCGGCUGUUGCGUUUCUGUUUUGGGCAUCACCGACUCUCGUGUCAGUCAUCACGUUCGGUGUCUGCAUUUUGUUGGAAACUCCAUUAACAUCAGGGACAGUACUUUCAGCUCUAGCAACUUUUCGGAUUCUACAAGAACCUAUAUACAACCUUCCGGAGCUAAUUUCCAUGAUUGCUCAGACAAAAGUCUCAUUCGAUCGAAUUCAAGAGUUCCUUGGAGAAGAAGAUCAAAGGAAGUUCAUUACUAGCUCUGGUCCAAAAGAAUCUGGUGUUGCAGUCGAAAUCAAGGCAGGGGAAUAUGCUUGGGACUCAAGUAGCCAAAGCUUAAAGAACCCAACCAUCAAAAUCACAGAGAAGAUGAAGAUAAUGAAAGGUUACAAGAUAGCCAUUUGUGGCUCCGUUGGCUCAGGUAAAUCGAGCCUGCUUUGUAGCAUACUAGGUGAGAUCCCUAGGAUUUCUGGUGCAGUUAUUAAGGUUUACGGGAAAAAGGCUUAUGUUCCUCAAAGACCUUGGGUUCAAACAGGCACUAUUAGAGAGAAUAUAUUAUUCGGGAAGGAUAUGGAUGAUGCUUUCUAUGAACGUGUUCUUGAAGCAUGUGCCUUGAACCAAGAUAUUGAGAUGUGGGAUAAUAAAGAUAUGAGUGUUGUCGGAGAACGGGGAAUGAACUUAAGUGGAGGCCAAAAGCAGAGGAUUCAAUUGGCAAGGGCUGUUUACAGUGAUUCCGAUAUUUAUAUCCUAGAUGACCCUUUUAGUGCAGUUGAUGCUCAUACAGGAACGCAUUUGUUCAAGAAAUGUCUAAAGGGAUUGUUGUCCGAGAAGACUGUCAUUUAUGCUACCCACCAAUUAGAAUUUCUAGAUGCAGCAGACCUUGUUCUGGUGAUGAAAGAUGGUCUCGUUGUUCAGUCAGGGAAAUACGAGGAGUUGAUUGCUGAUUCCGAUGGUGAACUUGUUAGGCAAAUGAAUGCUCAUAGGAAAUCAUUAGACCAAAUGAAUCCGCCCCAAGACAACGAUUCCUUGAUUGCCAAACCGUGUCAAAUUAGUCAAAUUGAAGUUAUAGAAGAAAAAUAUGGAGAUCCGAUUUGCUUUGGCAAGCUCUUCGAACGGAGUCAAGAAGAAGAAACGGAAACCGGUCGUGUCAAAUGGAGUGUUUACUCAACCUUUGUUACUGCAGCUUAUAAGGGAGCUCUCGUUCCGGUCGUUCUCUUAUGUCAAGUUCUCUUUCAAGGACUACAAAUAGGAAGCAAUUACUGGAUUGCGUGGGCAACCGAGGAAAAUCACAAGGUAUCAAGAGAACAGUUAAUAGGCACAUUUGUUAUGUUGUCUGGUGGAAGCUCUAUCUUCAUACUGGGAAGGGCAGUUUUGUUGGCAACUAUUGCGAUCGAAACAGCUCAACGUCUCUUCCUCGGAAUGAUAACAUCAGUUUUUCGUGCACCCAUUUCGUUCUUUGACUCAACACCCUCAAGUCGAAUCCUCAACAGGUCUUCAACGGAUCAAAGCACAUUAGAUACAGACAUUCCUUACCGAUUAGCCGGACUCGCAUUUGCUCUUAUUCAGUUGUUCAGCAUCAUUAUCCUUAUGUCCCAUGUUGCCUGGCAGAUCUUCCUUCUCUUCAUCGCGAUCCUGGGAAUCUCCUUCUGGUAUCAGACCUACUAUAUAACAACGGCUAGGGAGCUAGCAAGGAUGGUUGGAAGCAGAAAGGCUCCAAUCUUGCAUCAUUUCUCGGAAUCCAUCACAGGGGCCGGAACAAUUCGAUGUUUCAACCAGGAAGACAGGUUCAUAGAGAAAAACCUGAGCUUAAUUGAUGAUUAUUCUCGUGUAGCAUUCCAUAACUCCGGCACAAUGGAAUGGCUGUGUGUUAGAAUCAACUUUCUUUUCAAUUUUGUUUUCUUCCUGGUGUUAAUCAUCCUGGUGAGCUUGCCGAGGUCCACUAUCGACCCCAGCUUGGCAGGAUUGGCAGCCACUUAUGGUUUGAACUUGAAUGUACUACAGGCAUGGGUGAUAUGGAACUUAUGUAACGUCGAAAACAAAAUGAUAUCUGUUGAGAGAGUCCUUCAAUUUACAAACAUUGCUAGCGAAGCUCCUUUAGUGAUCGAAGAUCGUAGACCGAAACCUGAGUGGCCAACGGAAGGAACGAUUGAACUUGAAAACCUUCAGGUUCAAUACAAACCAACUCUCCCAGUGGUUCUUAAAGGUAUAACUUGCACUUUCCCUGGAGAAAUGAAGAUUGGAGUUGUUGGAAGAACAGGAAGCGGAAAGUCCACUUUGAUUCAAGCUCUUUUCAGGGUGGUCGAGCCUUCAGGUGGACGGAUCAUUAUCGAUGGAGUCGAUAUUUCCACCAUCGGCUUGCAGGAUUUGAGGUCUAGAUUGGGCAUAAUCCCACAAGAUCCAACAUUGUUUCAAGGAACCAUAAGAACCAACCUGGAUCCUUUGCAACAGCAUACAGAUCAAGAAAUCUGGGAGGUCCUUGACAAGUGUCGUCUUGCAGACAUAGUGAGGCAGGAUCAAAGGCUUCUCGAUGCUCCAGUGGCCGAAGACGGAGAGAAUUGGAGCGUUGGACAAAGGCAACUUGUUUGCUUAGCAAGGGUUCUUCUAAAGAAAAGGAGAAUCUUGGUGUUGGAUGAAGCAACAGCUUCCAUUGAUACAGCAACAGAUAAUGUGAUUCAAGAGACAAUAAGGGAAGAGACAAGCAAAUGUACUGUCAUCACUGUGGCACAUAGGAUACCAACUGUUAUUGACAAUGACUUGGUUCUGGUUCUUGAUAAAGGGAAAAUUGUGGAGUACGAUAAGCCCGGGAACUUACUCGAAGACAGUUGUUCUUCGUUCUCGAAGCUGGUGGCUGAGUUCUUAAGAUCAUCACCCAAGAGUAAUAAUAAUAAUAAUGUUCACCACCGUUAAGGAUCUAUGUUGAGGAUCGACGGUAAUGGUGGAUAUGAACUGCCCAAAAAAUGUUGAAAGGGGGAAUCGAUGAACGGAUCGUGGCUCGACGGCGAGAGAUCGUCGAUCGUGUUCGAAGGUUUCUGCCAUGAAAUCGUGAGGAUCGAGUUUUUGAAUAUGGAGGGAAAAAGAAGUUGCGGAGAUGAUUUGUUUGAGCUCAAAAUGAUCGAAAAUAGCGGCAUGGUGGAGAAACCGUCGGGGAUUUUCGUUUUGGUCUAAUUUGACCUCGGUCCCUGUAUUCUUCAGGCAUUUGAAAUUUAGUCUCUGGUCCGAUUUAAACAAAUUUAAAAUCAACUAAUAAUAUUGUUAAUUUAUAUUUGUUAUCAAUUUAAUUUUAAUUUUUAAAUAAGAACAUUAAAAGGUAAA